UUGUCCAAAUCCAUCUCUUUACAUUUACAUAUUCAUGGCUUUGCAAAAUAAUGCAGCACUUCUAAUCUUUAUUGCAAUCACCUUCUGUGCAGUCUCCGUCUCCGCCAAAGAGUUCGUGGUCGGUGACGCUAAGGGCUGGGCUGUUGGUCCUUGCUACAAAACAUGGGCUAAAGAUAAGGCAUUCUCCAUCGGAGACGUUCUAGUAUUUAACUACAAGAAAGGUGAACACGACGUAUUAAGAGUGAACAAAGAAUCUUUCGAAUCCUGCGAUGCAUCGUCUCCUCUUUCAACUAAUGACUCUGGAGAAGACAUCGUCAACCUGAUGGAACCAGGCGAAUAUUACUUCAUAUGCGGGAAACCUGGGCAUUGCCAAGAUGGUCAGAAGCUUAGUAUCCAGGUUGCAUGAAACUGUUCAUCCAAAAGAGUAGACUCGAUCAACUUCUCAGCUUCUCUUGUCGAUGAAGAUGCAUGGGAAAUAAAUUAAUAAAACCUAUAAUAAAGAUUGUUAGUAGAAAAGAUUUAAGUUUCAAUAUGUAGACUUUGUUUCCUCCCUGGAAACACAUUUCUUUAGUUUAGUAAAUUAAAGAAUAAAGUUUUUUUGGUUAAAUAUA